GGGCGGGCCGGCUGCGCCCCGGCAGAGCGCGAGUGGCCGCCGGCGGUGCCGGUGCGGUGGCGGUGGCGGUGGCGGUGCCGCCCCGCAGCAUGCGGCCGCCGCUGCCCGCCCGCACCGCGGCUGCGGAGGGCCCGGGGGUGGCGGCUCGGCGCCCCGCACCCGCACCAUGGUGACGGGAGCGGCGCCGGGGCUCCGCUACCGGGAGCGGGACCGGGAGCGAGCCCCAGCCCCAACCCCAGCCCCAACCCCGGCCCCGGUGCCCGCAGCGGGCAGGAAGGCGGCGGCGGCGGCGGCGGCGGUGGCGGGGCUGUGCGCCCUGUGCUACGGCAACGCGCUGCCGGGGGAGUUCGUGCACGACGACGUCUGGGCCAUCGUCAACAACCCCGACGUGAGGGCGGCCGCCCCCGUGGCCGCCGCCUUCGCCAACGACUUCUGGGGCAAGCGGAUGGCGGAGAACACCAGCCACAAGUCCUACCGGCCCCUCUGCGUCCUCAGCUUCAAGUUAAACAUAUUACUGGCUGGUAUGAACCCCUUCUAUUUCCACGCGGUGAAUGUAAUUUUACACUGUCUAGUGACUCUUGUGCUGAUGUAUACUUGCGACAAAGCUGUGUUCAAGGACUGUCGACUUGCUUUUGUCACAGCGCUGUUCUUUGCUGUGCAUCCCAUUCACACCGAGGCUGUAACAGGUAUAGUAGGCAGAGCGGAUGUCCUAGCCUGUCUACUCUUUCUGUUGGCUUUUCUCUCCUAUAAUAGGAGUGUGGAUCAGCUUUAUGUUGGGGAACAUUUCCCUCCCACUGCCUCCCCAUUCUUUUUGCUGCUUAGUUUAUUCCUUGGGACGUGUGCAAUGCUGGUGAAAGAAACUGGAGUCACCGUGUUUGGUGUGUGCUUGGUUUAUGACUUCUUUUCCCUCUCCUGCAAUGCCCUCAAACUGAGAAAUGAGGGGAUCCACCAGAGACCUGGCCGGCCGUGCGUGGCUUCGACCCCUGCCUCGCUGCCGGUCCCUGCGGCCGGCCGGGAGAACGGGAAGCAUCGCUUCGCUCACAGGGGCGCCUGGAGCUCGUGCCACCCCACCUCGCCCGAGGAGCAGCGCAGCGGUGGCCUUCCUGUGCCCAGCAAAGCCAUCUGGGCCAUUCGGAGCUACCUGACUGCAAAUAACAACCAGAAUUUCUUGUACACUGCAAGGCCGUUUUUGAAGAGAGCUGCCCUGGUAAUAAGCUAUGUGAUUCUCGUUUUGUAUUUCCGCCUCUGGAUAAUGGGAGGAUCCAUGCCAAUGUUUUCAGAACAGGACAAUCCAGCUUCAUUCUCACCCUAUCUGCUGACGAGGUUUCUAACUUACUCCUACCUUCUGGCCUUCAAUGCGUGGCUUCUGCUGGCACCGAUUACCCUGUGCUAUGACUGGCAGGUCGGCAGUAUCCCUCUGGUCGAGUCUGUCUGGGACGUGAGGAACUUGGCCACAGUCUUGCUGGUCGUGGUGCUGGUGUUACUCAGCCUACACUGCAUAGCUGCAUUCAAGAAACUGGAACAUAAAGAAGUUUUGGUUGGCUUGUUGUUCCUGGUUUUCCCAUUCAUCCCAGCCAGCAACCUCUUCUUCAGGGUGGGAUUUGUGGUGGCAGAGCGAGUCCUUUACAUGCCGAGUAUGGGGUACUGCAUCCUUUUUGUCCAUGGUCUAAAGAAGCUGUCUACAUGGUUAAAUAAGUGGAGAAUUACUGUUUUGACCCUCUUCGCUUUACUGCUGCUGCUAUUCUCUUGGAAGACCGUGAAACAGAAUGAAAUCUGGCUCUCAAGAGAGUCCCUUUUCAGCUCAGGAGUGAAGACUCUGCCCCACAACGCCAAGGUGCACUACAACUAUGCCAACUUUCUGAAAGACCAGGGCCGUAACGUUGAAGCGAUCUACCACUACAAAACUGCUCUCAAACUGUACCCUCGUCAUGCAAGUGCUCUCAACAACUUGGGGACGUUGACCAAAGAUGUUUUGGAGGCAAAGGACUACUACAGACGGGCCCUUCAGUUAAACCCGCAGCACAAUCGAGCUCUCUUCAAUCUCGGCAACCUGCUCAAGUCCCAAGGGAAGAAGGAGGAGGCUGUAAUGUUACUGAAGGACUCCAUCAAAUACGGCCCAGAAUUCGCAGAUGCUUACUCAAGCCUGGCCUCGCUGUUGGCUGAACAGGAACGGCUGAAGGAAGCAGAGGAGGUCUACAAGGCUGGCAUAGAGAAUUGUCCCGAGAGCUCCGAUCUGCAUAACAACUACGGGGUUUUCUUGGUUGAUACCGGGGCUCCAGAGAGAGCUGUGUCCCACUACAGGCAGGCCAUCCGUCUGAGCCCAGCUCACCACGUCGCCAUGGUAAACCUGGGCAGGCUUCACCGCUCCUUGGGGCAGAACAAAGAGGCUGAAGCAUGGUACAAGAGGGCACUGAAGGUAUCCCGGAAAGCUGAAAUCCUGUCCCCGCUGGGGGCUCUGUACUAUAACACGGGGCGAUACGAAGAAGCUCUGCAGGUUUACAGAGAGGCAGCAUCACUGCAGCCUUCAAACAAAGAGAUCCGACUGGCUCUGGCCCAGGUUUUAGCAAUGAUGGGGCGCACGAAGGAGGCUGAAAAGAUGACAAACCAUAUACUCAGCGAAGAUGUGCAGUGUCUGGAGUGCUACCGCCUUCUGUCAGCCAUCUUCAGCAAGCAGGAGCACUAUGCUAAGGCACUUGAAGCUAUAGAUAAAGCUCUUCAGCUAAAACCAAAGGAUCCAAAAAUCUUAUCAGAGCUCUUCUUCACUAAAGGAAACCAGCUAAGAGAACAGAAUCGCCUUGAUGAGGCUUUUGAGAGCUAUAAACGGGCUGUGGAGCUCAACCCAGACCAAGCGCAGGCCUGGAUGAAUAUGGGAGGCAUUGAGCACAUCAAGGGAAACUACAUCACUGCCCGUGCCUACUAUGAGACAGCUUUGCAGCUGGUUCCAAACAGCAAGUUGCUGAAGGAGAAUCUGGCCAAAUUGGAUCGCUUAGAAAAACGGUUUCAGGAAGUCCAGGAGAAAGAUCAGACAUAGCAUUCAGUCACACCAGUGGAAGGAAACUCGUGCUCCUUGGAGAAGAAUGCGGUGGAAGCCUAUUGCUUGAAGUGAUGCUGAAGGAACUUUGACAGGACUCAGAAUUAUGGAAGGCAAAUUGUGAAUGCAUGCUUGUUUGACCAAAGUUACAGGAGGCACUCAGUUCCUGUGGGACGUGCUGGAGAACAAAUGAAAACCUUCCGUUAUUCAAGAUUUAUGUUUAGGCUGAACCCAUUUUAAUCACACCAGGAGUGUGGGUGGGACAUAAAACUCCAAUAUCACGGUUAUCACUGGGGAAACCAUGGAGACAAAGCACUCAUUCAUUGCAGCGGGGUGAAGUAGCGUCUCCUGUUACUCAAACAGUCUCACCUUGUCCACAGAAAGUACCACUGAUGGGCUUCAUUGCAAGUGUUGCCAGAUCCAUCUGAGCCAGGAAAGAUUGUCCUAAUGGUCACAUAAAAAGGUUUUAAGGGGUUGAUGGUGAGGAAAAGGUGGCCAUUCAUACAGCUCUAAAUGUGAUUUGAAAAUGAUUCUAAAGAAAGGGAAAAUAGUAUCUGAAUAUCACCCUAACAGGAUAAUUGUACAAGUAGGACAAAAGAUCCUUUGAGCGAAAACCUCAGCUGAAUGUUUUACUCAUAAGAUAGUCAUUUUGUAAUAAUUCCGGUUCAUGAUAUGAAUAUUGUCAAAAAUCAUAUAGCUUUACCCUUUUCUCUCUCCCUGCAGGCCAAAUAAUUAUUACUCUGAAAAAAAUGGAAGUAUCUAAAGGCAGUGGGAAACUCUAGGAUUACUUGUCUUCCUGUCCAGUCUCCAGUAAAAACAAAACAAGACAAAAACCAUCUAAUCUGAUUGGUGUAGGAGGUAAUUUAAAGCUACAGAGAGAUUAGGGAUGAUUUGGUAGGCUGGGAAGGUACUAAGGAGGUUUUUUUAUGGGUGUGCAGGGACCAAGCCCACUCAUUAUGGUGAUAACACUGACAAAACACUUUGUCAAAGUGUUCUCACCCCCUCCCACAAAAGAUACAGAAAAUGAGCUCUAGCUGAUCAGUCAUAAAUCUGUAUUUUUUUAAAAACCAAAGUGGGAAAACAAGUUCUCUGCAGAAUUGGGGCUUUUAUUUUUGAGCUUUAUUUAUUUAACUUAUAGUCAAAUAAUUAAUAUAUUGUCUCUGGUUUAUACAAAUUGGGCAGUGUCAUUCGCAGCUGGCCACAUGGCUGGCCACUGGGACUUGCAUUUUUGAAGUAAGAAGAGUGCAGCAGCACGAAGGUUCCCCCAAUGCUAUUUCUAAAGCAAAUGGCUGCUUCAUUUAAAAAGCCUGGUGUCUUGCUGCUGCUGUUGGUCAAAUUUUUGACAUACAGCAGCUGUGUUUGGUGCUGAGAGGGAGGCCAGACUGGCAAAGGCAUCUGCUCAGCCAGAGUCUGAGUGCCAGCUGGAGCCAUGGGGAGGCUGGACUUGUGGGGUACCAGUCCCUCCAGCCACAUAAGGCCAAGGCCCAAGAGAUCAGCCAGUGUCUGCAGCUGGGCAGAGGCUGGCUUCUCAGGUUUGUGGGAGGGAGAGACCUUCGGUGGGGGAAGGUGCUGACAAAUUUCUGGGCUCUUCCCUUCAAACCAGCUUCGUUAAUGCCAAGGGAGCAGCUGGGUCCCAGGCAGUUCUUUUCCUGGUGGAUUUUCCCUUCUCUGUUCAGCUGCCUACUUUCCUUUUGGAGGCUGAGGGUAGGUUUGAGGGCUUGGGGCUGGAUCAGCAGCUCUUGUCCUGUUGCACAACUUUUAAAGCCAUAGGCUUACUGACCCAACAUUUCUGCAGGUUCCCAGUGCAUGUGCUCCACGGGGCACCUUGCACGGAGCAGCUUUGCACAGCCCAGACACUGCCAGACUGGCCAGGAGGAGAUGGGGUCCCUGUGGGAUGCUGUGUGGUUAGGGGAGAUAACGUCUCAUUUAAAAAGUAUAUCAGCUAUAAAGUUCGUCUCAUAAAGAUAUAUUAAAUAAAUACUAUAUAUUCUACAAGCCACACGGCAGUGUGGCUUGAAAUUGUGGCCGAUGACACAUAUUUUUUCAACUAUAAAAGAAGUUGUAUUUUUUAUAUCAAUGCUUUGUGAGGGGGGUGACUUGGUUUUGUGUUUUUAACUUUGGCUUAAAGCUUCGUUUGUCUUUCCCGAGAGACCUGGUACAAAUGAUGGUCUCAUUCUUGUCCUAGAAUCCAAUCAAAACCGUCUUGGCCUCCGAAACCUGGCACAUGUGUAUGAUCAAGCUUUGGGUGCCCCCUCCCAGAUCCUGGGAAAGGAUUACCGUUUUUGUAAUGCUGUCUUACUUGCAGAAUGAUGUAGAAAGAUGAUACCAACAUUCCAGUGAGGGACGCAGUUUGGUUGGAAGACAUGUCAUAUAUUCAUCCACUCUCCUGAAAUAGGCUGGUAACGUAUCCACGUAGGAUAAUCCCAGCUGAACUGGGUUAUGUUUAUAUGAUGAAAGGCUGACUCUCCACAUUUCUGAGCUGGGUUUAUGGUAGUUAUGCAGAGAGGAGCACUCAUUAAUGAACCUUGUGUUCCUGAACCAGCACUUUAUACCCCAUCUAUGCAGGAUGAUGGUCUGUAAGUUGGCAGAGUAUUUGGAGAAUGAUGCAGGCCAUGAGCUACCAAAGCAGUUAAACCUUUGUGAAGUUUUGAUCUGACUCCCUGUCUCAUUGGUUUCUGUGCUAAAAUGCUGUGUUUGUUCAGGACAUUAAUCUUGUGAAAGAUUUAUUGUAGGUAAAGCAGAGCAAUGGAAUGUAACAUGAAAUGGGUUACCUCCACCAAAAGGGAAUGCUAUUGUGAAAGAUAAAUAGAGCAACUUACCUUGUGAUAAACUGGAUAUUAUCCAAAUUAAUCAUAGGGAAUAUCCUCUUCCUCUAGCAUUGCGUGGCUCAUAAAAUAAUCAAUUAUAAAUACAUUGUUUUCUGCCAACUGCACUGCAUGGUUAGCAAAGAUUACAAAUUAAUAAAUGGCUGAAGCUCUACAUAGUGGAGGAGAGUUCAUUCUUUGCGUAAGUUGCAUUGGCUAAACUUCAAUGCUCACCAAUAUUAAAGUGGAGAAUUAACUCAGAAUUGGUUAGACAGGGCUCCUGUGUACUCACUGUGCAUUUUAAUCCUAAAUGAAAAACAUAGUAAUUGUGUUGCUUUUUCCUUUCCCCAUGAAUAACAUUUUCAGCUGAUGGAUUUUGUUUGAUUUUAUUGCUUAUUGAAGGUCCAGCAUUCUUUUCUUCCAUUCCUUUUCCAUCCCUCAGGAUAAAUGAUGCGGGGUGGGGUUGGGUGUAUUUUCUAUCUGUCAUAGACUGCUUGGACUAGAUUUUCCUAAAAAUGUACAGGCAACUCGUCUUGGCCAAACAGUAAGUGAAUGCAGCAGUGGAAAUGACCUUCACUCCAGAGGUCUCAGCGAGGACGGGGUGUGUGAGCAUGCACGUGGGUGUAAGAAAUCUUAAGACAAAAAAUGCAAAAUAAAGAGCCUAACUUGCAGGGGAGACUGGACACCAUUUAAACUGUUUAAAAACACAUCUCAAGCUCUCAAAAGUUAUGGAAACCAGGGCAAAGAUGGUAUACAAUAUCUGGUUAAGGAAGGUAAUUGUCAUUCCAAUUUUAAUGAUUAGGCCAUUGAGAAUAUAUGAUUUUUUGCCCCAUCUGUCCUCCAGACCAGUGAAACAAUUCGUAUGUGCUUAAGUCUCCUAAAACUGUAUGUGCAUUAAAUUGACCAAGUGCUCAAUUUCAAUUUUUCAUAUAUUGAAAUUAUGUACAAUCUUUGGGAAAAAAAUAGCUCUUACAAGUUUUUUUUCUCCACCAACUUUCAGUUUCAUGCAGCAAUUUCAAAAUGCACCAUUUUUGUUUUCAUGUACGCUUAAACCCAGCAGCAGCAAAACUAUAUAUAUACAUAUAAAAAAAAUAAAAAUAAAAAAACAAAAAAGGGAAAAAAAAAAGAAAAAAAGGCAAAUGUGCUUGGCAUUCACUAGUGUUUCAGUGUGGCAAAGUUGCUUCAGAUAAUCUCAAUAACUUUGUGCAAAAGCUCAUUGCCAUGUUUGUACUGACUUGCUGAAAUUUUUCUUCUGGAAAAUACCCCCUGUGGUAUCCUCUGUAAAAGUUACGGCUUCCACAACUGUAUUACUGUAGAAAUCUCUGCCUGAAGUGGAUGUCACGCCGCGUGUUCCUAUCAUGUGGGAGUUGUUUGCAUUGGCUGUUGUUCAUAUGGUUCUUAUUUCUGUAUCUAAUUUUUUAAAUCAGUUGUGCAUAUCUUUUUAAAAAUUAAGAAAACAGCCCAUGGAUUACAAAUCUUUUAAAAAUAAAUUCACACUUAGCAGCAGCUGGAUGUGUGUCAGUGGUACAGGAAUUUGCAAAGUCUUUGCUUUUUUCACUGUGGGAUUUAUGGCUAGAUUUCACAUAAAGGAGUUAUGCUUGAAGUCUUUGCGAAAGAAAAUGUAUGUAAAUGUCUAUUUUAUAUAAAAAGUAAGAAAAGUA